UGAAAUUUUCAUUUUUUGGUGAUCCGUCAUAACUCACUGAUGGGAAAAGGCCGUCGAUGAAUUUCGUUGCUGACCCUUUGUUGUCUGGAUCACCAAAUGGGAUUCAGAGCCUGUUAUCAGUGUACAAGUAGUUGAUAAACAAAGAAAGAGAGACUGAAAACAACUAGAAUGAUUCCGGCAACGGCAUGGGCAGUACUUAUCCUCUCCCACUUCUCUUCCUUACUGUCAUUAUUGUUCGUUUCUGAUCUCUGAUCAGGACUUCAGAGAACAAGUAGGCCAUAUAUAUAUUCUUUUAUAUUUAUUUGUGUGGAUAAGAAAAGCCUCUGAUGAGUGAUAAAAGUGAGCAAUGCCAUGUGAGGCAACACCUAAGUAGGUCCGUGCAGAAAUUACAUCAUCUUCCCUCUUUAUCAGAUCCCUUAUUUGCCGGGCGAGUUGCAAGUACAAGACAGUAUAAAUACAAAUUGCAUGUUUGGGAGUUCUUAAGUUCACUACUAUUCCUUCUCUCUUUCAAGAUCAAAGUCAUCUUCAGUCCAAAGUUAUGGCUAUUUUCCGCUUGCAUUCUUUGGUUUCUACUGCGAAACAAAUGAUCAAACUGCACAACAAACACCAACCAGAUGUUCCCAGAGGAUAUUUAGCUGUGUAUGUUGGAGGAAUCCAUAAGAAACGGUUCGUUGUUCCUUUAUCUUACUUGGACCAACCAUUGUUCCAAGAUUUACUACGUAGAUCAGAGGAAGAAUAUGGGUUCAACCAUCCGAUGGGAGGACUUACCAUUCCCUGCCAAGAAGAAGCCUUUGUCGAUGUCACUUCUCGAUUACAAAUUUCAUAGUUUGAGGACAUGAAGAUUUUUCAUCCUCUUUGGCUCCAUGAAUAUAUAUGUUCAAUUUAUGAUCAUCAUAUUGUAGAGAAUAUAAUAGAUGUUAUUUAGACCAUGUUAAAAGGGCAUGCAUCCCCGUUUUCGACAUUUGAAUAUGAAUAGAUGUAAAUCGAGUUCUUUUUACACCACCAUCAAGCAUUUGGCCUUGUAAUAUUUGACUCUGUAUGUUUCCUAG